AUGUUGAUUAUAUUUGUAUUUUUUAUUGUGUUAAGAUGUGCAUUUUUAAUUUGUGGCGUGCCCCAAAGGUACGAAAAAAAAGACUUACUUAAGCUACGCGAGGAAACUCAUGCAAUGUUUGAUCAUGCUUAUUCGAGUUACUUAAAGUACGCUUAUCCCUAUGAUGAACUCCGUUCGUUGAGUUGCGACGGCUUUGAUACAUGGGGCAGUUUCUCAUUGACCCUUAUCGAUGCUUUAGACACAUUAGCUGUAAUGGGAAAUUUUACAGAAUUUCGCAGGGUAGCGGAAAUUAUUGCAUCGAGGACAGACUUUGAAGCUAAUAUUAAUGUGUCCGUUUUUGAAACAAAUAUUAGAGUGGUCGGUGGUUUAUUAAGUGCACAUUUGCUUUCAAGGAAAGCUGGUAUGCAGUUAGAGCCUGGUUGGCCAUGUAAUGGCCCGUUACUUCGUCUUGCCGAAGAUAUGGCUAAAAGAUUGAUCAUUGCGUUCGAUACUCCGACUGGAAUGCCAUAUGGAACUGUGAAUUUAAAAUAUGGAGUUCCUCAGGGUGAAACAAGUAUUACCUGUACGGCUGGGAUUGGUACGUUUAUUUUGGAAUUUGGCACCUUGUCAAGAUUAACCGGCGAUCCUUUGUACGAGGAAGUUGCCAUGAAUGCAAUGAAAGCUCUCCAUUAUUAUAAAUCCAAUAUUGGCUUAGUUGGAAAUCAUGUAGAUGUUUUAACAGGCCAUUGGACAGCUCAAGAUUCUGGAAUAGGGGCUGGUGUUGAUUCUUACUUUGAAUACUUAGCGAAAGGAACUUUAUUAUUUCAGGAUCCCUCUUUAGCCGCUAUUUUUCAUGAACAUAAAGCAGCCAUUGAAAAGUAUAUUAGAAAAGAGGACUGGCACCUUUGGGUUUCUAUGACAAAAGGUCAAGUUACUCUCCCAGUCUUUCAAUCGCUCGAUGCCUAUUGGCCAGGCGUUUUAAGUCUCUUUGGCGAAGUUGGCGAUGCCAUGAAAUCGAUCCAUAAUUAUCACAAAGUUUGGAAACAGUUUGGUUUUACUCCAGAAUUUUAUAAUAUUCCUCAAGGUGAAGCUGGAACCAACAGAGAAGGGUAUCCGUUAAGACCAGAAUUGAUAGAAUCUGUUAUGUAUCUUUAUAGGGCCACUAGCGAUCCAUAUUUAAUUCAAGUGGGAAUCGAUGUCUUAAGAAGUUUGCAACAUAGUGCAAAGACCACUUGUGGUUACGCUACAAUUAACGAUGUUAGAGAUCAUCGCAAAGCCGAUAGAAUGGAAUCUUUUUUUCUCGCAGAAACAACAAAAUAUCUUUAUUUGCUUUUUGAUCCAGAUAAUUUCAUUCAUAAUACAGGGGAACAUGGAGAUGUUAUUCAAACCCCAUGGGGCCAGUGCAUUGUAGAUGCUGGGGGUUACAUAUUUAAUACAGAAGCUCAUCCAAUUGAUCCUGGGGCAUUAUACUGUUGUCAACAUCCACAUUAUUUAUUUGCGCAAAAGACAUCAAAAAUACAUAAAUUUUUUGCUGUAAACGAUAGAAGAAGCGAACAUACAACUAACAUAAAACUUUUUGAAGACGAUAUUGACUUGAGAGAAGAAAACAAUAAAACUAUUAAGAUCGCAAAGCUGUCCGAUAUUAAAAAAAGUGAAAUAAGUGAUAUUAUCAAUGAUCAAAAGUUAAUAAAUUAUUCCGAUGAAAAUUCUAUAAAAAAUCAAGAAACUAUUCUUGAAACAAAUGGAUCAGUAGACUUAAAUAAUGGUAAAGUUCAAGUAAUAGCUCCUCCAAGUGCAAUUUAUAAAGCAGACGAUAGUGAAAAUGUGGAAACACUUGUAACAUCGUCCGGGACAAGAGAAGAAUUUCAAUCUUCUAACGAUGGCAGAUUGAAGAAAAAUGAAACUACAAAAUAUAUCGAAGCUACCUCAAAAAGGAAGAUGUACUUUGAUCCACAAGUUAUGUUAGAAAAAAUAAGGAAUGAUAAUUUGUAUCCAUCCAACGUUACAGCAAAAGAAGAUUUUCAAUUAUUAAGCUGUCAAUCGCAGCCGUUUCUUCAACGCUUAUCUAUUAUAGGAGAAGUUUUCUAAGUUAAAAAAAUUUUUUUAUCAAAAAAAUUAAA